UGAAGAAACCCUAUUCUAUAUCUGCCUUUCCAGAUAGGAGAGGGAUAAGAGUUCUUCUCUUAUGCGAGAUGAAUUGGUGGUUUUUCAGGUUUUUCAUGAACCUAAUCUAAACAAAAUUAUUGGGAUGGGCGCCGAUUAUGAUGAACCAUAGCCUUGCCAACGAGGAGUUUGUUUGGGUUCAAUCGUUCAAACGGAUUGCAUCGCGAUGGAGUGGAAGGAGGCAAGUCUUGACGGCAAAGAUGGUGACGUUGGUGGCGGGAGUAACACUAAGAUCCCCUUUCUAGAUCGUAGCAAAGUUAAAAUUCUCCUGUGUGAAAAUGAUGCUAAGAGCUCCGAUGAGGUUUUCUCACUUCUGAACAAGUGUUCCUAUCAAGUGACUUCAGUGAGGACGGCUAGGCAGGUGAUUGAUGCACUUAAUGCUGAAGGGCCUGACAUAGACAUAAUACUUACUGAAGUUGACCUUCCAAUAGCGAAAGGCUUGAAGUUGUUGAAGUACAUUAUGCGGGACAAGGACUUGCGGCGUAUUCCCAUUAUAAUGAUGUCUGCCCAAGAUGAGGUUUCUGUUGUUGUCAAGUGCCUAAGACUUGGGGCAGCUGACUAUCUUGUGAAGCCAUUACGCACUAAUGAACUAUUAAACCUGUGGACUCACAUGUGGAGAAGAAGACGCAUGCUUGGACUGGCAGAGAAGAACAUCUUGAAUUAUGACUUCGAUCUGGUAGGGUCAGACCCCAGUGAUGCAAAUACCAACAGCACAACAUUGUUCUCGGAUGACACUGAUGACAAGUCUAGGAGGAGUCCACUAUUAGAGAUGAGUGUGUCAAAUCAUCAAGAAGAUGAGUGCAAUAUGGAUACCUGUGUAGGGCCUCCACUGAAUAAUUCAUCAGAAUGCCACCCUGAUGUGCCAUCUAUUAGUGACCGGCGAACAGGUCAAAUAUUGUCAUACCCACAGAAGAGCGAACUAAAGGUUGGUGAGUCUUCAGCCUUCUUUACAUAUGUAAAGUCAAGUAUACCCAUAAACAACUCUCAACGAGUUGGCUGUGUGGAUGAAAAUACUCGAUUGGAAUCUUCUAGCAGAGAAGAAAAAUUUCCUCAAUGGUGUAAUCGAGUCAGUGAUGAUGCUCAGAAUUGUGAAAAUAGGGAGGCAGGGGUAAGCUUCUCCCAUGGAUAUGGCCUUCCAGUAAGCCACAACGGACCUGAUUCUACUUCUACUGAGAGAUCUUGCACACUUCCAAUGCCAUGGGAGUUUCAACAACAAAGGAGCUCAAAGGAGGGACAGCAAUCCACAGUAUUGUUGCAUCCAAGCAAUGAACCCCAAGUUGAUGUAUUGGGUGUACCAACUCUUACUCCAUUGCCGUAUUAUUUUUCAGGUAUGAUGAAUCAAGUUAUGAUGCCAUCAUCUGCACAAAUGUAUCAACGGAACCUUCAUGAUUUGCCUAAGCAUACUACUUCUGCUAUGCUGCCUCAGUACAAUAAUCUCUCACAAUGUCCUCCCCGUUUACCUGUGAUUACGUCCAUCCCCUACUACCCAGUUAGUAUAUGUCUGCAACCUGGUCAAAUGCCGGCAACCCAUGUGUGGCCAUCAGUUGGAAGUUCGUCUUCCACUGAAGUGAAAGAAGCAGGUCGAGUUGAAAAGAGAGAGGCAGCGCUGAUCAAGUUUAGACAGAAGAGGAAAGAUCGAUGCUUUGACAAGAAGAUUAGGUAUGUCAACCGGAAACGACUUGCUGAAAGAAGACCUCGUGUGCGGGGACAGUUUGUGAGGCAGGUCAAUGGUGUAGAAUUGGAUCUUAGUGUCCAACCUGUUGCUGUUGAUGAUUUUGAUGAGGAUGGAGAGGAUGAUGAAGAUGAGGAGCUUGCAUCUAGGGAUUAUUGUCCUUAAGACGAUGCUCAAGGAUAUUAAUGUUAACACCUAUGGAUAGACUCUUAAAUGCUGCAUUUUGAUUGCUGUUGCGGUAAAGCUUUCAUAGUCAGCUUGUAGAUGCUAAUUUCUGGCAGCCACUUGCAAUGUACACUUUAACUGACUUCUAUGAAAAUGGAGAGAAGUAAUUUGGUGACACUA